CUCUCUCUCUCUCUCUAACCUUUCUAUCAUUCCGCUUCCGCUUUGCGUCGUUUCAUUUCUGUUGCUCUCUUCUUCCUCCUCUCACCAUUUCAUCACCAAAAUUCAUAUAUAUUUCCAUUAACACUCUCUCUCUCUCUGUGAAACUCUGCUUUCUCUCUUUUUCUCUCUCUAUAUAUCUGAAAUUACAAAUCUCAAAGGCUUCACGAAAAAGUUAGAGAGAGAAGCGCACACCCGCAGCAAUAAUUCACUUUUCUUUCCAACUAUCUUCUUCUUUCUCUCUUUAUUGCCAGCUCUUGCAGCUCGUCCCUCCCAUAACCCUUUUUCCCAUCUCUCUCUCUCUGUCUGUAUUAUCUCUCACCCCCACCACCCUCCAUCAUUACAAUUACACACAGAGAUCCUAUUUCUGUGAAAUCUUGUGGAAUUUAUAGGGACGCAGGAUUCAAAGUAAUUCUGCCUUACUGAAAGAAGCAUUCUUAAGGGAUUUCAGGCAAUGUCUAGCUCUACAAAAGCUUUGGAUCCGGCUUUUCAGGGAGCAGGUCAAAGAUUAGGGACUGAAAUUUGGCGAAUUGAGGACUUCCAACCAGUGCCUUUGCCAAAAUCUGAACAUGGAAAAUUCUAUAUGGGGGAUUCUUAUAUUGUCUUGCAGACAACACAAAACAAAGGGGGCGCUUAUCUCUAUGACAUACACUUCUGGAUUGGGAAAGAUACAAGUCAGGAUGAAGCUGGGACAGCAGCUAUUAAGACUGUUGAGCUAGAUGCAGUUCUUGGAGGACGUGCAGUGCAACAUCGUGAAAUUCAAGGCCAUGAAUCUGACAAAUUUUUGUCAUACUUCAAACCUUGUAUUAUACCAUUGGAGGGGGGUGUUGCUUCUGGAUUUAAAAAGGUUGAGGAAGAUGAAUUUGAAACUCGGUUGUAUAUCUGCAAAGGAAAACGAGUUGUCAGAAUGAAGCAGGUUCCUUUUGCGCGUUCCUCUCUGAAUCACGAUGAUGUGUUCAUCCUGGACACUGAAAACAAGAUCUUUCAGUUCAACGGAGCAAAUUCUAAUAUCCAGGAGAGGGCGAAGGCUUUGGAAGUAAUCCAGUUUUUGAAGGAAAAGUAUCAUCAUGGAACCUGUGAUGUUGCAAUAGUUGAUGAUGGGAAGCUAGAUACAGAGUCCGAUUCUGGUGAGUUUUGGGUCCUAAUGGGUGGAUUUGCUCCAAUUGGAAAGAAGGUAAUCACUGAAGAUGAUGUGGUUCCAGAAGCUACUCCUGCUAUACUGUACAGCAUAACCGAGGGUGAAGUGAAGACUGUAGAAGGUGAACUAGCCAAAUCCUUGCUUGAAAACAACAAAUGCUACUUACUGGACUGCGGUUCAGAGGUGUUUGUUUGGGUUGGCCGGGUGACACAAGUGGAGGACAGAAAAUCUGCUAGCCAAGCAGCUGAGGAGUUUCUUGCUACUCAGAAUAGACCAAAGUCAACACGAAUAACCCGGGUUAUUCAAGGUUAUGAAACACAUUCAUUCAAGUCCAACUUCGAUUCUUGGCCUUCAGGAUCAGCAACUUCUGGAACUGAGGAGGGAAGAGGAAAAGUAGCAGCUUUGCUGAAGCAACAAGGUGUUGGUUUAAAGGGUGUUGCAAAAGGUGCUCCCGUAAAUGAGGAGGUCCCACCUUUGCUAGAAGGAGGUGGAAAGAUGGAGGUAUGGUGUAUCAAUGGUGGUGCCAAGACUCCUUUACCUAAGGAGGAUAUUGGUAAAUUUUACAGUGGAGAUUGCUAUAUCAUUCUCUAUACUUACCACUCUGGUGAUAGAAAAGAAGAUUACUUUUUGUGCUGUUGGUUUGGAAAGGAUAGUAUUGAGGAGGACCAGAAAACUGCUUCUCAUUUGGCCAGCACAAUGUCCAACUCGCUGAAGGGAAGACCAGUGCAGGGUCACAUAUUUCAAGGUAAAGAGCCACCACAGUUAGUAGCACUUUUUCAGCCUAUGGUGGUCCUGAAGGGUGGCUUGAGCUCUGGUUAUAAGAAAUCGGUUGAGGAGAAAGGUCUGACGGAUGAAACUUAUACCACAGAUUGUGUGGCACUCUUUCGGUUAUCUGGAACUUAUGUUCAUAACAGUAAAGCAGUGCAAGUUGAUGCGGUGGCAACAUCAUUGAACUCUACCGAGUGUUUCAUUCUGCAAUCUGGGUCCUCAAUGUUUGCCUGGAAUGGAAAUCAAUGCACCGUUGAGCAGCAACAGUUAGCAGCAAAACUUGCAGAAUUUUUGAAGCCAGGAGUUACCCUAAAACAUGCUAAAGAGGGAACUGAGAGCUCAUCCUUCUGGUUUGCUCUAGGAGGGAAACAAAGUUACACCAGCAAUAAAGUUUCUCAGGAGAUUGUCAGAGAUCCCCACCUGUUCUCAUUCUCGUUCAACAGAGGAAAGUUUCAGGUGGAGGAAAUUUACAACUUCACUCAGGAUGAUCUGUUGACAGAGGAUAUCCUUAUACUUGACACACAUGCCGAAGUGUUUGUUUGGGUUGGUCAAUGUGUAGACUCAAAAGAAAAGCAAAAUGCUUUUGAAAUUGGCAAGAAAUACAUAGUGCUGGCGGCAUCUCUGGAGGGGUUGGCUCCUAAUGUACCAUUAUACAAAGUUACUGAAGGAAAUGAACCUCGCUUCUUUACAACAUACUUUUCAUGGGAUCUUUCAAAAGCCACUGUUCAAGGAAACUCAUUCCUCAAGAAGGUGUCAAUACUCUUUGGAAUUGGCCAUGCUGUGGAGGAUAAGUCCACUGGGAACCAAGGAGGACCAAGGCAAAGAGCUGAAGCCUUAGCUGCUUUAUCAUCUGCAUUCAAUCCAUCCUCCGGAAAGUCAUCCCAAGCGGGCCAGGAUAAGUCUGAUGGAUCGAGUGAAGGAGGACCAAGGCAAAGAGCAGAAGCUUUAGCUGCUUUAUCUUCUGCAUUUAAUUCAUCCCCUGGAAACAAACCUUCUCUUCCCAAGCCGUCCACAUCAGGUCAAGGAACACAAAGAGCUGCAGCAGUUGCUGCACUUUCAAAUGUUCUUACAGCUGAAAAGAGUAAGUUAACACCAGAUGCUUCUCCUGUGCAAAGCCCUCCCUCAGAAACUAGUGCUUCUGAGGGUCCUCAGGAACUUCCUGAAGUCAAGGAAACAGGUGAAGCUGCAGCUGCUUCCGAAAGCAGUGAGGAUGAUUCAAAACAAAAGACACUGCAGGACAAGAGUGAGAGUGAAAGUAGUCGCAGUACAUUCAGUUAUGACCAACUGAGGGCUAAAUCUGACAAUCCUGUAACCGGCAUUGAUUUUAAGAGAAGAGAGACCUAUCUCUCUGACGAGGAGUUUCAGACUAUAUUUGGGAUGCCGAAAGAUGCUUUCUAUCAACUGCCAAAGUGGAAGCAAGACAUGCAGAAGAGGAAAGCUGAUUUAUUCUAGAGGCCGAAGUCAAUAGAACGAGUGCUUUUACUGUGUUUAUUUGCAUCCUGACUUGCAAUUCAUUCAUUUUGAUCUGUGUUUUUUCUGUGGUGCCUUGUUUUCUGUCGAGCAUUUUGCUCUCGAUGAACAUAGCUCCGUGGUUAGUAUCGGUAUUGAUUGAGAUACUGCCUGAAGAGUGAUUUUCUUCUCUCCUUUUCUCUUUUUCUGAAUUGCCGGCGGCUCCGGCUCUUGUAGUUAUCACGGAUAGUAGUGUUAAAGCUCAGCACGCAGGUCAAAUUCUUUUAUUUGCUUCCACAUGUAUUUCAAUUUUUGGAUUUUUUCGGUUCAAUUUUCGGUUUGUAAUAUGUAAUACAUUUGUAUUUUGUAAUUGUGACCUAUAUAAAAGGAAUGGGAAAUUGUUUGUGGUUUGCAA